AAUGCAGAAUCCACCUAGACACGAUAUGCUAUAUUAGCAGACCACAGUCGCCGUUUAAAGAUAAACCAAAACAAACUUAUGUAAGCGUGAGACACGUCUAAAAGUCUUGAAAGGAGAAGAUGAACGAAGUAUUCAAAUCAGGUAAGCUAAACCAAUUAGGUGGAGUUUUCGUGAACGGCAAACCGCUUCCAAAUUCUGUUCGUCAACGAAUUAUCGAGAUGGCUGAGCUUGGUAUCCGCCCAUGCGAUAUCAGUCGCCAACUGAAAGUUUCUCAUGGCUGUAUCAGCAAGCUACUGGCUAAAUACAACGACACUGGGUCGUUUGAGCCCGGACGCGCUAAGAGAAAGACAUCGAGAGAUGUGAGCACCGAAGUGAGGAACAAGAUUGAAGAAUAUCGCCGCGCAGCGCCAGGAAUCUUCUCUUGGGAAGUUAAAGAAAAGCUGGUGGCCGAUGGUUUGUGUACAAAAGAAACGCUGCCGCCUCUUACCGUGAUCAGCAGGUUGCUAAGACGUGCAAGAUCGACGGGCAGUGACAUUGAAAUAUCACCUGUUGCCGCUAGGGAUGUUGAAAUGGACAACUCCAAAGAAAACGAUCACCAUAAGAACUUCACUGUUUUUUCAAUAGACAACAUCCUCAAGGAAAAAGACAAAUGGGAAAGACCAGAAGAAAAGUUAAACACUGGAGAGAUGAUUACUACCAAAGAAACUGACCUUGGAUCCACUGUCACCCGGCAUUCGGUUCUAAAUGACUUACCAAGUCCAGCGAGCAAUAAUUACAACAACAGUGGCCAUAAUGCUGUAAGACUGUAUCAGCGAAGGAACAGAACCAAAUUUACAUCAGACCAGAUUGAAGAGCUUACAAAAGCUUUUGAGAAAACUCAGUAUCCAGAUGCUCUAACACGAGAGGAACUUGCCGAGAGACUUCGAAUUAGUGAAUCCAAGAUUCAGGUUUGGUUUUCGAACCAUCGCUCCAAAUCUAAAGGCAAAAAAUCCCAUAGGGCAGAAGUUGACACGGACGUAGGUGCUACACCGACGACCGAGACGGGUAUUUUCUACCCUUCAUAUCCUGUGGUACCUGUGAUACGUUACGCACCGUACAUUCAGGCGACUCGUGUUUGUCCCUACAUUUGUUACAAGCCCCUUCAAAUGGCUUCUCACUAGCUAAAAAUUGUAAUUUUCCUUUAAUGUAAAUUUUCAUUGAACUUACCAUAUUGCAUGGAACAAUUCUGUACAGUUGGUCAGAGAUCACAUCAUUUAUUUGACAGUUCGUCACCACAUACUAGUCUGUUCGACUGAUAUUUUUUGUUGACUUGUAUUAAACAGAAUUCACAUUUAUUUUACUUUUGCACUCUUGGUCUAUAUAUACCUGUCAACUAAAAUUUUCAACGUUUGAUACCUAAAUUUUAUAGUAUUAAUUUUCAAUAAAUUUCACGGUUUCUUAGUACUUUA